AUGGCCAGCGUGUGUGUUGUCUGGUAUGCCUUUAUGAUUGGUCUGAGUAUCCUAGGACAUUACGUUGGAUACUCCCGGUACACAAAGAAACCCCCUCCACGUUCUCCAUUCCUCGAGAAUGCACCUGGUGUGUCAAUCUUAAGACCAUUGAAAGGUGUCGAUCUGGAAUUGGAAAGCAAUCUUAGGUCUUCUUUUGAGCAAAACUAUCCUACGUUCGAACUUAUUUUUUCUGUCGCGUCCCCAAAUGACCCAGCUGUUCCUGUUGUCGAACGUCUAAUGACAGAAUACAAAAAGAUUCCAAGUAGACUGAUUGUUGGUGAUAAACAGGUGGGAAUCAACCCCAAGGUAAACAAUAUGGUCAAGUCGUAUGAAGUCGCGGCACAUGAUAUUCUCUGGAUCUUGGACUCCAAUGUAUAUGUGAACCAAGACACCCUGGGCCGCUCAGUUGACAUGUUACUAGAGCCCGGGAUCGGGCUUGUGCACCACUUGCCGAUCGCAGUACAGCCACAGGGCUAUGCGGCCGAGGUAGAACAGGUUUUUCUGGACACUAACCAUGCAAAGAUGUACUUGGCCAUCAACUGGGUUGGCAUAGCUUCGUGUGUGAUGGGUAAAUCAAAUCUCUAUCGCCGGUCAGACCUUGACAAAGCCGGCGGUCUGGGUGCAUUUGCGAAAUACAUGGCCGAAGAUAACCUGGUAGGAGAAGCAUUGUGGCACCAAGGCCUCCGUCAUCGCAUGAGCGCCGACACGGCCUGUCAAGCUCUAGGGAAAAUCAGGCCACUUGAGUAUUGUCGUCGAAGAGCUCGCUGGGUUCGUCUCAGAAAAUACAUCGUCACCGCCGCCACCCUUACUGAACCAUUUACCGAGUCUAUCGUUUGUGGUUUACUCGGAGCACUCGGCUUCCGUGUCUGGUGGGACCUGUCGAUGCCUUUAUUCUUUGCCGUGCAUUGGCUCGCCUGGUUCACUAACGACUAUCUACUCUAUCGCACCCUUAUCUUGGCAUCAUCCACUCCUGUCCAGCAAACCCAACCUAUGCACUUCAAACGCUUCAUAUGUGGUUGGCUUUCGCGUGAAAUCUCUGCCCUACCUCUCUAUCUUUACGCCAUGCUCGGUAACGAAAUCACUUGGCGCGAUCAACGAUAUAGAUGUGUGACAUCUGGUACAGCCGUCCCAGUUAAUGACAGCACCUAAUAUACUUCUUUAUAUAUAUAUAUUUAUAUCUUUAUAUUAAAUAAUAUUUUACAUACUUUUUUUUUUACAGUUC